AUGAAGAUCGCUGCCGCCUUUGUCUUGCUUGCCUCCACCGUUGCGGCCUUCGCGCCUGCUUCCAUCGUUUCUCGAUCCACUGCUCUUAGCAUGGCCGAUUACGAUCUUGAAUUCGGCAAGAGUAACGACUACGUUCCUCAGUCUUUCGCCGACGGUGGACAGGGACAAUUCGGUGCCGUCUCUCCCAACAACUGGCGAGUCCCAGGAACCUCCCCUGUUGGCCAAGCCUCAUAUCCAGGUGCUGCCGAUGGCGGCGAUGAGCCAUGGUUCGCCGAGGCCGUCUCCACAGUCUCUCUGGACUUGGCCAAGGCCGAGGAGACCCUCAAGGCAUUCACCAAGGAAGCCGCCACAUUCAAGAUUGAGGCAUUCGCCGAGGCAAACGGAAUCAAGGACUCCUCCGACGCACUUGACAAGUUGGUUGGAAGCAUGGGAUACGACUCCUUCCUUGAAGCUUCUCCAAAACAACUCGCAAAAGCUUGGGACAAGAUCACCGGAAAGAAGGAUGAUUAA